CUGGAAUACCUACUCGCCGUAUCGCGCUGAAAGUUUUGUUUUAUCGGUACUGCACGACACAGCUUCGUGAAAAUGCAAAAGCCCAUUUUACUCUUUGCAUUACCUCUGGGAAUUUUGUUAUCAUGGGCAGCACCGUUGAACGGUUUACCGCAUCCCAGCUGCACAUACUCGCCAAACGGGGAGAUUGUUCUCCACGGUGAGAACCUUUACGAUCCCGACGUAGAAAAACUUCUCGAUUGUAAGAAGGUGCCGAAACUGCGGAUACCCAGUAAUUUCGACGUAUACCAAGUACCGACCGCUGUCAAGUCCAUUGAUCUGGGUUGCAGCCGACGGUGUGUACCGUCCGAAUACUGCGCCCGGCUGGAAACCGGCUUCCUGCCGCUGCCCGCCCGACCCGAGUUAACGAGCGUGCAGUUUUCGGGCUUUGAAGGUCCCCUACCGUUCGGAUGGUUUUUAGCGAACGUAAAAGAUCACUUGACAACACUGAAGAUAGGCUGCACGCCGAUUGGUCAUCUGGAUGCCGAUGCGCUUCGUGGAUUCUCUGCUCUGACCCGGCUUGAUCUGAAGCAUGCACAGAUCAGUACAAUUGAUCCCAUUGCAUUCGCCAAUCUUGGCGCCUCUCCGUCCAAGUUGGCCAGUGUCAGCCUGGGCGGUAAUUCCCUGCAGGAGAUCGAUUUAUCGUGGUUUGAACCCGUUAAGGAAAGCCUGACUGAUCUGGAAGCCAGCUAUCAAAAGCCGCCCAUGUCGUCGCUGAAGCUUAGCGGUCCGGAAUUCCAACUAGCCCUAAAAACCCUCGAUGUCGUUAAAAAUGGUCUGCGUGUUAUUCCGCCGGAAGUACUGAAGGCCAUUCGACCGCGCCCUGGCGCGUCUACGCAUUUCGCCUUCCAGAGUAAUGGGUUGUGCCGGGAGAUGGAUUGCUCGUGUUGUGCCAUGGAAGGCUUCAUGCGCUGGGCCGUCGGUAUUCAAUCGGCCGCGAACAAAGUCACCUUCGAGUGCGUCUACACGGUGGAAGAUCCCUCCGUGUACGUACCCGACCAACUUUACCAGAACUGUGGCGCCAAAUAAACCAAGUGUGGCGAAAUUUGUACGAAUAACUGCUAUUAAUUUUGUCAAAUUUGAUUGAAUUUUUCUUCGGCGACGCUAAGGUUUUGCGGAAGUAGUGUACAUACUGCAAUGGCGGACUGUCAUCGUUUUUCGUAACGCUUGCCAAGCACAGUUAUGUUCGAGUGAAGGGUUUCUCAGCGAAAUGUCUAAAGGGAAUAACAUUUGACGGAACGGCUGGAAUAGGCCCACCAUAGUUAAUAAACUUCGAUAAAGUAAAUACAGUAAUUAAACAAUAUGACGUUCUAUCACUGCGCAAAAAACUGGGUUUGUCUGUAUGUGCAAAAACUUGGCGAUUGUUAUUUGAUAAGUGCAAAUAAAAGUGUC